GUGGAGCUGUUUUUGCCUUGUAAAAGGAAAAUUGUUAAGAGAAAUUAGAGACACCCAAAAAUAUGAUAGGACCAAGUCGUCCAUUGUUCGUUCUAUUUGGGUCAUCAAUUGUGCAGUUAAGCUACGAUUAUCAUGGCUGGGGCGCAACCCUCACUAGCCUCUACUCUCGCAAGGCUGAUAUUUCAUUGCGUGGAUAUUCUGGUUGGAACUCAAGGAUGGCUCUUCAAGUUUUGGACAAAGUUUUCCCGAAGGAUGCGGAUAUUAAACCUUCUCUUGUCAUACUUUAUUUUGGUGGAAAUGAUUCAGUAGAUCCUGAAUUUCCUGGCAGCGCUCAUGUCCCUCUUCAAGAAUAUAUUGAAAACAUGAGGAGGAUUGCACUUCAUAUCACGAGCCUUUCAGAAAAAACUCGUCUGAUUAUGCUAAGCGCUCCUCCGGUGAACGAGGAACAAAUUGUUCAAUUUUAUGGUGAUAGUCGAGGUAGAAAUAAUGAGACGGGCCGCAUAUACUCAGAAGCUGGUAUAAAAUUAGGCCAAGAAUUAGGCGUGAAGGUUAUAGAUUUUUGGUCUGCACUUCAGGAACGCCCUGAUUGGUUGACUACAGUCUUCUUGGAUGGGAUGCAUUUGACAAAAGAAGGAAGUGACAUUUUGGUAAAGAAAAUAUCGAGGGUACUUAGAGAGGUAGAGUGGGAGCCAAGCCUACAUUGGACAAAAAUGGCUGAUGAAUUUUCUGAUAUUAUCAUACCACUUGCUUCUGGGAUGAACCUUGACAAUUGGCAGAAUGAGUAUAUUGAAUAAAACUCUAUAAAUCUUUUAGUUUUAGGUGCAUAUAUUAACGUAUGCAAGAAUAAGACAUGUACUCUUCAUUUACCGUUUUCUUGUUUGAUCGUUUAAACUCUUCUGCAAAAGAAUAAAUGUAAUCCCUAGGAAGGUUUUGCCUUUUCCUUGAAGGGUUUGCUUUCUUGUCGAA